AUGGCUGACUCCAACAAACUUAACAACGAUUACACCUCAGAUCAUGAUGAAAAACAAUCAGAACCGGUCGUGGCCAAAGACGAGGUCGAAAAGCUCAGCCCUCUCCAGAAACACGUUCAAUUCUGGGACCGCGAUAAUGACGGCAUCAUCAACCCAUGGGACGUCUACAACGGCUUCCGCGAACUCGGUUUCGGCCUCUUCUUCUCAAUAGGCUCGCUUCUCAUCCCCAUCUUCUUUUCAUAUCCAACACGGCUCGGCCAUAGUUGGCUGCCUGACCCCAUGUUCCGCAUCUAUGUCAAUGACAUCCACAAGGCCAAGCAUGGCUCUGACACAGGCAUCUUCGACUUUGAUGGGAACUUCAGCCCACAGAGAUUCGAGCACAUGUGUCAGCGGUUCGAUACAUCUGGUAAUGGAGGCUUGACUGCUGAUGACCUAUGGAGAUUAUGGGCCAAGGAUCGCUGUGCAGCAGAUCCAGCUGGUUGGACUUUUGCUUUCAUGGAGUGGUGGACAACAUAUGUGCUUCUCCAAGAGGAUGGGAUCGUGAAAAGGGAUGACCUGAGAGCCUGUUAUGACGGAAGCUUGUUUUGGAGGAUCAAGGACGAAAGAGAGAGAAGCAGCAGGUGCCUGGAUAGAAAGAGCUUUGGCAUGAGAAAUUUCUUUGCUCCAAUCUAG